AGAAUUGAAGAGCUAACGGAGAAAGAUGAGGUUAAAAUUAUCUUAUGUACUCGCUUGCAAAAAAAAUAUCACACGAGACUUAGGGAGGGAGCGUGUAAUCUUUGCCCCAGAAGAUUUUUAGUAAACUCUAUCCAUUUCUUCCAUCUGGUUUGCCCAUUUCAAUGCGCCUGAUAGGGUGAACGCGUUUUGGCUAAUGCACAUGUCACUUCAUAAAAUUGGCUUCAUUCACUGAUUUUAACUAGUUGCAAUCUACAAGUCAGGUAAGAGCUGAAAAACCAGUUUUGCAGAUAGGAAUUUUUUGACUUGUACGAUAUUUUAAAAAUUGGUGUGGAUGGUGUAAACAAUUGCAAUUGAGCUUUGGGUGUACUGGAGUUCCAUAUCUUUUGUGAGGGAAUGGCAUUAGUCCCUGUUGGGCCAGCAGGGCUAUUAGAGUCCUUACACAGUUCCAAGUCUCUUCAUUCCCACGCUUUUGUCCUACCAACUUCCUUGCUAUCCAGAAAAUACAAGAGAUUUCAGUGUUUUUGUUCCCAAGAUGCCCUCAAUUCGGAAAAUUCAGAGUACCCAAAGAGCCAAAAGCAUGAUCAGAGGAUACUACAUUCAAGAUUGAAAGAAAAGUAUCAACGGGAUUGGUCUGUCAGGCCUAGUGUUAAGAGACACACAUUCCCAUGGGAAGAAAAGCAAGAACGAAUAGAGAAAGAAAGAGAGAGAACGCAAAGAGAGUCCCCUGUUGCACUGGUUCACACGGGUAAAGAAGGAUUCAAGCGUUCUGUACCUAUAGCUCCUUGGAUGAGCAUCCGGAAUAAGAAGGACAUUCCGGGACAAUCGGGCAAUGAUGAUGAUCAUGACGGCGACCCAAAUGCUGCUGCUGAGCAAUACAAUACAAUGCAGAAAUUGGAAGGGCCAAGUGAGAAGACUGCAAUGGAGCGAAUUGUGGCCAAGCUGAGGAAAUUCAAUUAUCCCGACGAGGACACAAAACCAGAACCCGAGCGCAAUUUAAUUGAAGAGUUGUUUCCUGUAGAGGAUGAGCCUGGAGCUCCCAUUCCUAAUAUGAACAGUGCAUAUGAUCGUGAUGAGAGCUGGAGUGCUCCCAUUAAGGAUAGUCCAUCUAAAUUUCCAUGGGACGGGAAGGAAGAUAACUCACAAGAGGCAGAUCAUGACAGGGAAGAGAGAAGAGGCAGAGGAACACCUUCAUUGGCAGAGCUGACUAUUCCCGAGCCAGAACUUAAUAGGUUGAGAGGUCAGGGAAUACGACUGAAAGAAAGAAUCAAACUGGGGGGUGCUGGUGUUACUCGUGACAUUGUUGAAAAAGUACACGAAAAAUGGAGAACGUCGGAGAUAGUGAAAUUCAAAUGUGAAGGUUCAUCAGCACUCAAUAUGAAGAGGACUCAUGAAAUUUUGGAGAGGCGAACCAGAGGACUGGUUAUUUGGAGGUCUGGAGAUUCUAUUGUUCUAUACAGAGGAAUGACCUAUGAAUCUCCAUCUCUAAAAGUUGUGAAGCGUCAAUCUGAAAACAAUUUAGGGGUUGCUGUGCAGAAUGAAGCAUACAUGCCAGCUGCAGCUGAAGGUAUUGUUAAAAACAAGCCGAUAAAUGGUAAAGAUGGAAGAGGUGUGAUGUUUGCAUCAGGUAGAGAUAUGCCAGAUCAUAUGGUGAAGAAUGAUCUAUUAUCUACUCAUCUUGGUACAGAAAUGCCUGAGGAGAAUGGUCCCAAGCAGCAACCAAGCGAACUGGACUAUCAAAGUGAAAUGGAUAAAAUAUUGGAUGAACUGGGUCCACGGUUUACUGAUUGGACAGGAAUUGAGCCUUUGCCUGUAGAUGCUGACUUAUUACCAAAAGUGAUUCCUGGCUACAAGGAACCUUUCAGGCUUCUUCCUUUUGGCACAAGACGCUCAUUGAGUAACAUGGAAAUGACCAAUUUGCGAAGACUUGCAAGAAGAUUACCUCCUCAUUUUGCCAUAGGGAGAAACAAGCAACAUCAAGGAUUGGCUGCUGCUAUUGUGAAACUCUGGGAAAAAAGUGAAAUUGCCAAAAUUGCAAUCAAACGUGGUGUUUUAAAUACUAGCAACGAAAGAAUGGCUGAGGAAAUCAAGAGUCUUACUGGAGGCACCCUUCUUUCAAGAAAUAAAGAGUUCAUUGUCAUUUAUAGAGGAAAGGACUUUCUUUCUCCUACUGUUUCAGCUGCUUUAAUGGAGAAGGAAACAUUGGCAAGGGAACUUCAGGAUGAGGAAGAAAUGGCACGAUCAAAAGCAUCUUCGGUAAUUCUAAAUGGACUUGAAGAGGCUGAAGUGGUACACAGUGUUGCUGGUACUUUGGCUGAAUCUUUAGAAGCCAAAUCUCGAUGGUCAAAGGACAUUGAUAGCAAAGAGCGUGAAAAGAUGAUAAUAGAGGCAGCUAAGGCUAGAAAGGCCGAUAUAGCUAGAAGGAUUGAGAGAAAGCUAGAGCUUACCCAGAAAAAGGUUGCUAAAGCGGAAAAUGAAUUGGCCAAAGUGGAGGCAUUUUUAUUGCCUGCCAAACCUUCAUCAGAUCAAGAGACAAUAACUGAUGAAGAGAGAUUCAUGUUCCGGAAGCUUGGUCUGAGAAUGGGUGCAUUCUUGCUUUUAGGGAGACGAGGAAUCUUUGAUGGUACAGUGGAAAACAUGCACUUGCAUUGGAAACAUAGAGAACUAGUAAAAAUCAUAUCUAAGGAAAAGAGUCUAGCAGAGGUGAAAUAUACUGCACUUAUGUUGGAGGCUGAAAGUGGGGGAAUAUUGGUGUCCGUUGAUAAAGUAAGCAAAGGUUAUGCAAUAAUAGUUUAUCGGGGUAAAAACUAUUGCCGCCCACCUGCUAUAAAGCCUAAGAACCUUUUAACCAAGAGAAGAGCAUUAAAGCGUUCAAUCGAACUCCAACGGCGUGAGUCAUUGAAUCGACAUAUGUUACAGCUGGAAAAGAAUAUGGAGGAGCUCAAAUUUGAACUUAGUAGAAUUGAUGAUAUCGAUGUGAACCAGAGCACUGCAGCUUUUACUACUGAACUAGAUUCUGCAUAUCUUUCAGAAGAUGUGGAGAGUGAAGAUGAAGACAUAUAUGAUUACUCUUAUGACAGCUAUAGUGAAAAUAUUGUGUCUUCUGAGCUGCAAAGAGAUUCCCUUGACAAUCAAAGCACUGCAGCUUUCAGUGCAGAAUUUGACUCUGCAAAUCUUUCAGAAGGUUUAGAGAGUGAAGACGAAGAUGAAUAUCAUGAUCCUUAUGAUAGCUACAGUGAAAAUGAAGUCUUAUCUUCCAAGUUGGAUAGAGAAUAUCCCAAGAAAGACAAAAAAGUGGAACAUAAUGUUACAGAAAUUUCUAUGGGAUAAAAAAUGAGGAAUAUUGUGUAGACGGCGGUGCUAUGGAGGAAGAAAAACUAGAUCCACACGAACUUCCUCUCCAGGAUAUUCCAAACAUAUCUGUAGAGAUCAGAGAAUUACAUGAGAGAGAUUCUUCUUGUAUUGCGGCUUAAUAUGACAAGAUGAUAGCUACAACACUUAAAGAUCAACAGAAGCUGUAAUCUCAUUAAGAGACAAUCCCUUAACAUCAAUGGGGUCAGAUACAAGAAUGCGCUAGAGGAACAACCAUCAUUUUUUCAUCCUCAAGUCAUUUAUCCAUGGUUUCAGCUUGUAUCUUUUCAACAGGUAUUACCAAAGGUCCAAAAUGACAAAAUACAAUCUGGACAUCAUUUAAAUGGAUGAAAUGAUCCACUAUCCUGUAAUUUGUAAAGAAAACAUACUUUCUAAAAAAGAGUUUCCAAUUUGUAAUAAAUAUUAAUUAAAUAAGUUGAAGUAUGUACCUUUAGGAAAUUUUA